GACCCUACCGCCGACCAAAUGAAGAGUAAUUAAAACCGUGUUUUCGUAGGGGUCAAGUCUGUAAUUUUGGUAAUUUCACACCUCACCGCUCCCGCUAUAUAAACCACCCCAAAUUCCAAUGCUCUUCCCGCAAUACGAAAAAAGGACUUUGUUUAAGUGUUUAACAAUGGCUUCUAGAGAAUUCACAGAAAUGGGCGCCGCGACUUCUUCAGAGGAGGGACAGCUGGCUGAGGGCGUUGAGACCAAAAAACUGGCACCCUCCUCGUCAAUCUCCGACGUGUUCGAAGAUUGGUGCCGGCAGCAUGGGAAAGUGUACUCCUCGGAUCAAGAAAGGCAGUACAGGCUGGGGGUGUUCGAGAAUACCUAUGCUCUUAUCAUGAAGCACAACAGCGCGGGGAAUUCCAGCUUUAGCCUUGGCCUCAACCACUUCUCGGAUCUCACCCACGAUGAGUUCAAGGCGUGGUGCACGGGGGAGGAGUUGGAUUCAUGGUCGGAUUCUGAGUCUAAUGUUGUCGAAGAAUCUGAUGUUCCUGCUUCUUUGGAUGGGAGGGCUAAAGGUGCUGUCACGGAGGUGAAAGAUGUUAUACCCUAAGGACAGUGAUAUUUUAAAAAUAAUAAGCUGAGAAAGGGCUACAGGUGACUUUGUGGGAUUUGUUGGAGGAUGAUCCGCAAGUGUAGGGGUUGGUUAAAUUGUUUUUGUUGUUAUUUUAAAUUUAUAUUCAGACAAUGUGUGUUGAAUGAAUUUGAUGUCUGUUUUUCCCCAUUAACUAGAAACUGAGAUUCUAAAAUAAUGAAUGGAAAAACACAUGGUCAUAUCCUUGUAAAGACUUUGCGUCAUGGAGGAAGAGAAAGAAGAUACAAGUUGGGUUCAUAGUGAAAAACUUGCACUUGCCUAUAACCUUAUUAACUCUCCUCAAUCAUCUGAUGCUAUUAGAAUUGUCAAGAACCUGAGAGAGAAUUUGUGGUGACUGCCAUAGCAUGGCAAAGUUUAUCUCCAUGACACAUGGGCGUGAAAUAUACUUAGAUGACUCAAAGU